GCACAAAAGCAAGCAGGAAUCAGAGAAUUGAUGCUGAAUGGUGAUUCUUACACCCCAUUGAUUAACAUUGGAACUGCGGAGGUUUUGAAAUCAGAAAUGAUAGAAUAUAUCAAAGAAUAGAUCAACUCUUACUUAACAUGGAAAGGAAAAGCAAAUCAAAAGAUGACCCAAGUACAUCAUCUAGCCUUCCUCAAAUUGCCGAUGAUCAACACAGAGGGGAUGACCCCUGGAAAUUUAUCAAGAAUGCUUGUGUUGCGCUGGCCCUCGACCAAAGUGUGCAACAUGAUGUGUUGGUCAUGAGAAAGAACGUGUUAAAAUAUGUUCGUGUUGGGGAGUUUGCUCCGGGAGCUGAGUUUCGUGAUCAAUGUCAUUCCUUCAUCCUAUCUAAUGUCAUUUGCGGGGUUGAGGAGGUUCGGAAGGCGGUGGCGAUGGGAUUGUAUGGCGGAUCGGUUGGUGAAGGCUAUGGGACAGCGGUGUUUGAUUAGAGUAGAAUUUCCCUAAUAUAAAUUACCCUAUUAUGGUACUAUGGAGUUGUAUUAAGGAAUUACAUAUUAUGUUGUUUUGGUUUAGAAUGCUUUAAGCUUGAAUUCUUGUGAAGGAUAUGGAGUCUAGGAUUGCCUUUAGCGUCCCGGGGUCUUAUAUCCUACAUCACUGGGCACUGUUACCAAACUGAGAACCUCCGAUUCUCAUACCAUAUUUCUGUUGUGUUUUUCAGAUGCAGGUUGCAACCCACCUUGGUGAGUUGUUUGGUUGGUGGCAGAAGCGAAGAAUCCGGAUACCUUUUGAGUCUCUUUGAUAUAUUUCGUUUAUUUAUAUAUAUCUCUCACUUUUGUAUUUUUAUUUUGGCCUAGAGGCUUAUAUUUGAGAGAGAACAAAACUUGUAUAAGCCAUUUUAAACUUCA